AAAGAAGAAAAUAAAUGACGUUUUGCUUCUUACAAGUCUUUCCUUAAUCAUUUCCCUAUUUAUAUAUAUCUGGUGGUUACAACUCAAAGAGCCAAAUUGAUAAAAAUAGAAAAAAAUCCCCUCUUCUUUAUUGUCUUUUUAGGAUUUUUAAUCCCUUGAACCAAUUUUUUUUCUUCUUUUAUCAUUCAGAUCUGAAGUAGAAUCUUGAUUAUUUUUAUUUUUUUUCAAUUUGAAAAAAAAUGGUGAGAGGAAAAACUGAGCUGAAAAGAAUUGAAAAUGCAACAAGUAGGCAAGUGACCUUCUCCAAAAGAAGAAGUGGGCUUCUAAAAAAAGCAUUUGAGCUUUCAGUUUUAUGUGAUGCUGAAGUUGCUCUUAUUGUUUUUUCUCCAAAAGGAAAGCUCUAUGAGUUCUCAAGUUCAAGUACACACAAGACAAUAGAACGCUAUCAGAAGAAUGAGAAGAGCCUGGGACGACUCAACAGAAAACUAAAUGAUCAACUAACCACUGAGCAUUUGAAAGAGGAGGCUGCAACCAUGACUAGAAAGCUUGAGUUUCUUGAAGACUCUAAGAGAAAUCUUUUAGGACAUGGUCUAGAAGCUUCCACCUUGGAUGAAAUUCAACAGGUAGAAGAACAGUUGGAAACAAGUUUAAGCAAAAUUAGGGCAAGAAAGAACCUGUUAUUCACGGAACAGAUUGCUCAACUGAAGGAAGAGGGAAAAAAUCUAAUGAAGGAAAAUGCAGACUUGAGGAAGAGGUGUGAGAUGCUACCAUUUACUUUGACAACAGUUCCUCAAGAAGAGAAAGAUCCUGAAAGACAAAUAAUGGAAGUAGAGACAGAGCUCAUUAUUGGACUUCCAGAAACUAGAAAAAGGUCCUUAUUAACUUUACUUUAAAUGUGAAAAUUGCAGGGCUUUCAAGUUUUUAAUUACCACUGUAAUUAUAAUUUAUAGAGUUGUAAUAAAAACUACUGUCGAUAUAGUUUUUUCUUUCUUCCUAUCAUCAGUUAUGCGUUGAUUGAGUCGAGGGUCUAUCAAAAAUAAUUUAUCUACCUCACAAGGUAAGGAUAGGGUUUUGCAUAUAUACACUCUAUCCUCUUCAUACUCCACUUCUAGAAUCAUACUGUUAUUAUUGUUGUUCUUGAUCCUAGCUACUUUGUGAGAUCACAAUGAAUAUGAUGUUG